AUGGCAGCUGCCAGUAGUGAGGUGCAGCAUCCUGUGGAUCCUGGAAUCUCCAAGCUGCAGUUUGCUCCUUUCAGUAGCGCCUUGGAUGCAGGAUUCUGGCAUGAACUAACCCAGAAGAAACUCAAUGAGUAUCGAUUGGAUGAGACCCCCAAAGUUAUCAAAGGAUACUACUACAAUGGUGAUCCUUUGGGUUUGCCAGCUCGCUUGACAUUGGAGUUUAGUGCCUUUGAUAUGAACGCUUCGAUACCAGCACGCUGCUGUCCUGCUUUUGGCACGCUGUACAAUACCAACACUUUUGAGACAUUCAAGUCCUGUGAUAAGAAAUCACUUCUGGAAAAAGAAGCAAAUGAGAUAUGGCAAUCAAUAAAGUCUGGAGCUGCUCUUGAAAACCCCAUGCUCUUGAACAGGUUCCUGCUGCUGACAUUUGCAGAUUUAAAAAAGUAUCAUUUCUAUUAUUGGUUUUGCUACCCUGCUCUCUGCUUCCCUGAUGGAAUAUGCAUAAUUCAGAAACCAGUGUGUCUUGCAGACAGAUUCUCAUUAAAUCAGAUUCAAGCACUUCAGAAAGCAUAUGAUGAACUCUGCCAGAAAGAGGGGGUUACAGCUUUGCCUUAUUUUUUGAUCAAGUAUCAUGACAAUUCUGUUGUGAUAUCUCUGCUGAAAAAGUGGGAUGAUUUCUUCCAGGACCAAAAGGUGACUGUUGGAGUUUAUGAUCCGUGUAAUUUAUCCCACUACCCAGGAUGGCCACUGAGAAAUUUCCUGAUCCUGGCAGCCCACAAAUGGGGCAGCAUUCUCCAAUCAGUUGAAGUGCUGUGCUUCAGAGACAGGACUAUGCAAGGGGUGAGAGACAUCACACACAGCAUUAUCUUUGAAAUAAAACUUCCAGAGAGACCUCUUGGCCCAGAUUGUCCAAAAGCUGUUGGAUGGGAGAAAAACCAAAAGGGAGGCAUGGGACCAAGGAUGGUGAAUCUCAGUGAAUGCAUGGAUCCAAAAAGGUUAGCAGAAUCAUCAGUGGAUCUGAAUUUGAAGUUGAUGUGCUGGCGACUGGUGCCUACUCUUGAUCUGGAAAAAAUUGUGUCUGCCAAGUGUCUGCUGCUAGGAGCUGGUACGCUGGGCUGUAGUGUUGCAAGGACCUUGAUGGGCUGGGGAGUCAGGAAGAUUACAUUUGUGGACAACGCAAAGAUCUCCUACUCCAACCCAGUGCGACAACCACUUUAUGAGUUUGAAGACUGUCUUAGUGGGGGGAAGCCGAAGGCACUUGCAGCAGCAGACAGGCUACAAAAAAUCUUCCCAGGAGUGAGCUCAGAAGGCUAUAACAUGAGCAUCCCUAUGCCAGGUCAUCCAGUGAAUUUUUCUGAAGUAACAAUGGCACAGGCUCAGAAGGAUGUGGCUAAACUCGAGGAGCUUAUUGAUGCUCAUGAUGUUGUUUUCCUACUAAUGGACACUAGAGAGAGUCGAUGGCUUCCUGCUGUCAUUGCAGCCAGCAAGAGGAAGUUGGUCAUCAAUGCGGCGUUGGGAUUUGACACGUUUGUUGUUAUGAGACAUGGACUAAAGAAACCAAAACAGCAAGAAUCUGGUGAUUCAUGUGUCAGCAAUGCCUCAGGUCCCUCUGAUCUUUUGGGAUCUUCACUCUUUUCAAAUAUCCCUGGCUAUAAGCUGGGCUGCUACUUCUGCAAUGAUGUUGUGGCACCAGGGGAUUCCACUAGGGAUCGGACACUGGACCAGCAGUGCACUGUCAGUCGGCCUGGAUUAGCAAUGGUAGCUGGAGCACUUGCAGUGGAAUUAAUGGUUUCUGUCUUACAGCAUCCAGAAGGUGGUUAUGCUGUGGCCAGCAGUAGUGAUGAUAGAAUGAAUGAGCCCCCUACUUCUCUUGGACUCGUUCCUCAUCAGAUCCGUGGAUUUUUAUCAAGAUUUGAUAAUGUUCUUCCAGUCAGCCUGGCAUUUGAUAAGUGCACAGCCUGCUCAACCAAAGUGCUUGACCAGUAUGAACGAGAGGGGUUUAAUUUCCUAGCUAAAGUUUUUAAUUCUUCACAUUCCUUCUUAGAAGACUUGACAGGCCUCACGUUAUUACACCAGGAGACACAGGCUGCUGAGAAACAACUGCCACUCUUCUUCAGGGCCUGA